AUGGGAGAGGAGCCGAAAAUAUUUCUAUUGAAAUUCUUUCUGUUUUCAAAAAACUCUAAAUUUUUGAUAUUCCUCUUGUGGCACAAACACACGAUGGUGCAAACGUUAUGUCAGGAUCCUCAUCUGGUGUUCAAACUAGAACAAGAGACUCUUACAGACUACAGAGAAUAUAUUAAACUUAAAAGUGUUCAUGUUUCUGUUACAACUGGCGCAGAAGGAAAUGACACCUGCAGUAAUCGAGGUUUUGACAUGAAUAAAACAGAAAACAAUAAACAAAUAACAAUAUUGGUUUUCUCGUGCAUAUUACGUUAA